GUGUUGCUGCCUAUUUACAGUACAUCUGUUCAUCAGAUCUCAGUGCAGUAUCACAACAGUGCAGAGAUCACACAUCUGUACUUGUUUCCCUACGAUCAACUGGGAUGAAAUGAUAACACUGCACCAGCACAAGGCAAUGAAAAUCCAGUCUAUAAAAUGACAUCUAUAGGAGAGGAAAUAUUUUAUUACUACCAUGUGGCAUUUCAUUGAAUACUUUUUAUCCUGAAGAAAUCCAAGGGAUUACGGUGACCUGUUUGUUUAUCCUAUAUAUUUCCUUACAUUGACUGGAAGGAAUUUAUCUGCAGUGGGCUGGUUGGUUUAGAGGAGAGGGAAAAAAAAAAAAGAAAAGAAAAUAUACACAGUAGGAGCAUGCAAGUGGAAUGCAAAGAGGAAAUACGGACCUGUAUGGGAAAAUACAUGUGAGGGAAACUGAUCUGGAAUGAAGAUAAUUGCAAAUACCAUGACGGUGUGUGUCUUACUGUGCAACCAAAAACAUGUUGUUGAGGAAGAGGUGCAGAUCCCUGCUGUGCCAGCUCCAAGUCCUGGUCCUACUUCUGGCAUUGGUUCUACUGCUGGUGAUGGUGGCUAUUCUGGACCCAGAGGUACAGAGUGAAGACAGCUCUGGUUAUAUUUACCAGCACCAUGGCACUGGGCAAAGAUGGGCAGGUAGCUACUUAUUGGAGCAGUCUGAAGAUGCCAAUCAGUAUAAAGUAGAGCUUCUUUCGCCGCUGUCUUCUCUAAGGGAUGAGGAGCUUAUUGCCAUUGGGAUUCCUGGACACAGUAAAAACCUUGAGAAGAUCAGGAGAAACAUUUAUAAGAUUGUGAAGCACUCCAAGAGGAAGGAUGAAGUUAAUAUUGUAACACAGAGUUGGCAGACUGAGAAUGGAAGGAACAGACAUGAGUUUAAUGAAGAUGUAAACCAGAAAAUUCCUUUACAUAGGACAGUACCAGAGGGUCGCCAUCCAUUGUGUCACCAGCAGAUUUACAAUGAAAAUCUCCCUACAACCAGUGUCAUUAUCUGCUUUCACAAUGAAGCCUGGUCUACACUGCUGAGGACAGUACACAGUAUUCUAGACAACUCUCCCAGAAGGAUGUUGAAGGAAAUUAUCUUGGUAGAUGACCUCAGUUAUCAAGGUCAUCUUAAGUCUGCUCUGAGUGAAUACAUUUCUCGAAUUGGUGGAGUGAAGCUCAUAAGAAGCAACAAAAGGCUUGGUGUUAUAGGAGGCCGUAUGCUUGGGGCAGCCAGAGCAACAGGGGAGGUUCUGGUCUUCAUGGAUCCACAUUGUGAAUGCCACCCAGGCUGGCUAGAACCGUUGCUGAACAGAAUAAUGAAUAACAGAAAUAGAAUCGUGUCGCCCAUUCUAGAUGUCAUUGACUGGAAAAUGUACGACUAUUAUCACUCACCUGACCUGAGACAAGGCGUGUUUGAUUGGAAACUUGAUUUUCACUGGGUUACUCUGGCAGAGAGUGAAGAGAAGGUACGACAAUCUCCCAUCAUUCCAUUCAGAACUCCUGUAAUACCAGGAAGUGUAAUAGCUGUCGACCGUCACUACUUCCAGAAUAUUGGAGCCUUCGAUACAGGCAUGGAGUACUCAGGAGUCGAAAAUAUUGAGCUUUCUCUUCGGGUUUGGCUCUGUGGUGGCUUAGUUGAAAUUGUACCAUGUUCACGAGUUGGCCACCUGUCUCAAAUUCACAGCACAUCUAAUAUAACUGAAGAUGAUGCAAUUCUUAGAAACAAAAUCCGAAUAGCAGAGGUUUGGAUGGAUUCAUACAGAGAUGUCUUCUAUCAGAGCUUUGGAACGGAGCUCUUAAGCAACCUGAGCAAGAAGACUGAUGUCACUGAGCGUAAACAACUGCGACUGAGACUUGGCUGCAAAGGGUUCCAGUGGUUUUUAGAAAAUAUCUAUCCAGAAAUCAAUAACUCAGUCUCGGUGCAAGGAUCAUAUGGCCUACUGUUUAAUACGGAAGCAGACUCCUGUGUGCAGGCCAUGUACAACAGCCGAAUGUCACAUCACAUGGUUGAACUUUCAGACUGUGCUGUAAAAAUGGAUCAGCUUUUCGUUUAUCACGAUAGGAAGAUCCAUUCUAACUUCACAGAAUCACUCUGCUUUGAUUUAAUGUAUGAACAGAUUGUGCUCACAAACUGCUCUGUGAAACAAGCAUCCGUGUGGGAUUUCAAUGAGGUUGGACAACUGAUACACAUUCCCACAAGCAAAUGUGUGGAAACAGUGAGCAUAGAGACUGGCAAGACAUUUCUCUUCCUUAGCUUGUGUAAGAAGAACCAAGGGAACCAGACCUGGAAAAUGAUACUGGUGUGAGGAUGUAAAUGGGAAAUUUUGGACAUUAUUUAAUCUGAAAACUGCAUUUAUUUUUAUUUUUUGCCGCAGACAAAGGAUUUUCCCCUUUCCUAUGCCAAAGCAUCAUACAGCAUCUCAUUUCAAACUUAUUGCACUCUUGGGCAUUACGAUGGUUUUCAUGUAGAUUUUAAGUAUAAAUGCCAAAUUUUGUGUACAAAAAUGACAUUAAUCAGAAUGUUCCUAAAACAUGGGGCUUUUUACCUUGUUGGAGUGGAACUCCAGCCAAAUACUUCUCUUUUUUAUUGGGAAGACUAGGGUAAGUCCGAACCUCUGUCAGGUUUUAACUGCUGUCUGUAUCCCCACUUUUCCCUGUGGACAUAGAAGCCAAUAAAGAAACGACAGAGAAUUUAACUAUUUGCAUUAUAUCCAAAAGUAGUAAAACGUUUUGGUUCCACUGUAACUGUGUCGAUGGGCUUUUGUAUUUGCUUCAAAAUGGUUUUAAAUGCAAAACCCACUUGAAGCAGGUUUGAUGGAGGUUAACUGCACAUGUCAAUGAAUUCUGAAUGAUCUCAGAAUUGUGUCAAACUGAUCCCGUCCACAAAACUCACAGUCCAUCAACAUAGGCCCUAAAAUACACUAUGCCAGUUAAAAUAUAGGGCACAAAAGAAACAAAACCUAUAAAGCCUCAUACAUCUAAUCUCAUGAAAUCAGGACAAAUUGUAAAUAUGUUGUAGACUAUUUUUAAAGUAGUUUUUAUGUUACAGAAAUGUUGCAUAACUAUUGCACAUGUAAAUAAAUGUUGUUUUUUAAGCUAUAUUUUUUAGUCAAACAUUUCAGAUCUAUGCAAUAUGUAGACAUUCACUACUCCAAUGCAAUUCUAACAAGAUCCACAACUAAAGGGCUGCUGUUGGAGAUGUAGUAACACAUAGCCCGUGGGUAUUUUCAAUCUCCACAGUAGAUCAGAUGAGUUGGAUUUUUUUUAGACAGUAGUAUAUCUUUCUUUCCUAAUAACAUAAUCUCACAAGGCAUAACUGUAUGAGAUGAUAGGUGAUAGGGGGCGCUAGUGAAACUAAGAGGGAAGUGGGGAUCACUAGGCAGUGUCCGUGGUGAAUACAAU